AUGGAGGACACUGAGCCCUACUCUCCUGAGCUCCUGGGGGCUAUGACCCGCCUGUGGUCGGACUCCGGCAUCCAGGAGUGCUUCAACCGCGCCCGAGAAUACCAGCUCAAUGACUCUUCCCAAUAGUGAGUACUACUCUACCUCUGCUGACCCCCACAGGAGGACCUAGUGCUGCAGGAUCAAUACAACUCUCAUUACUUUGCUCCAGUCAAUGAUAGUGUUUAUGGAUCACACAUACAUAAACAUCAUCCACUUACUACAUUCAUUGAUAUCCAUGUGUCAUUAGUCAUAUACAACAAAUAUGAAGCAACUUUUUUGUGUUUUAUAGACAAAGUGGUUUAUGAGGCCCAAAGUGAAUUGGUAAAUUUCUGUGCUAGGUUGAUGUAAAUCAAUUGGUAUCAAACACUUAUGUAUGAUCAGGGCCUAAAAUUAACAACCGCCACCCGCCAAAUGAAAACGCGUGUAGAUUUUGACAUUGGCGGGUAAGAUGUCUAUUUCACCAGUCACGUUGGCGGGUGGUCAGGUCUCCACAGUGCGAGCAUUUCACUUGCAUCUGUGAAUAAAAAUAGUCAAGUAUGAUGACAUUUAUAGCAAAAUAAAUACUGCAGUAACUGUUUUCAAAGUAUUUCUGCCGUUUUCUUUCAUAGCUGGUAAAUUCAUCGCACAAAGUCAAAGAACUACGAAUCCUAUAGCCUAUCCCACCUCGCGCUUCAACACUGCCUGGCAGGGGACUGUGCGCACGUGAAAAGCUGAGUGAAAGAUUCAUUUUUAGGUGCACUGCGCACAGGCAUAAAAGUCGGUCUAAUUUACUUGAAACUAAAGUCUACUGAAGUGAAACUUUGUCCUUGUGUUUCUUGGCUAUUUACAUUGUUUUGUUCACAAGCUAGGUUGUUUUUCAAUGUUUGAGUUUCAACUGCUAGGGAAGAAAAGACAAGGCAGCUACUAGUAAGGGGCUUCAGUCCAAACUCAAAGUAGACAGCCCUCGGCCCUAAACCCUCAGCCCUUGAAUAAUGUUUUACAUCUGAGUGUACCUUCAAUGUCCUUUGCCCAAGCAAGGGAGAGUGAUGUUUGGAGAGGCAACGUCCUUGUUGGAAAUCUUGAAGUUGAGCUUAAAAACAACCAACCUAUAGCUAUUAAUGUACCUAGCUAGCUAACGUAGCUAGCUAGCAAUCCUGUAAGGUAGCUAGCUACCCAUAGCUGGCAAGCUAGUUUUAUAGUUUGGUCAUUUAUUCCAAUACAUUUCAGAAUUCCCCAAAAUAUGUUUAUGAAGCUACCUUCGUUUUAUAGGGUCCGCACUACGAGACUAAGCCAAUUUGCCAACGCUAAAAUCAAUUAAAUGUAUAUAUCUUUUUUAACAAGCUAGCAUUAUAAUGUUGUCUGACAUGCCGAAAAUGCAGCCGUGUUGAUAAAAGUUGACACUUCGCAGCCACUGGAGUUUGACACGUGACUACAGUUUGCAUUGAAUUGUGGGUCAUAUCAACUCCACAAGUGAUCAAAGUUCUUCACUCGCUCUGUCGAGCUAAAUCGAGGGCCGAGGGGGCGACGUUUGUGAAUUGGACCACUUAAGAUGGCAAUCAAACCGCAUUCGGUUUCGACGGUGAUUCCCCCAAGAGAAAGUGGCUAGUGCGAGGGCUGAGGGGGUAAAAAUUAUGGGUUUGGACUGCAGCUACGCUCUCAAUCUCACAGGCACAAACAUGACUUGAGUCACGCUACCACGGUAUCCUCCCACCCUUAAAGGGGCAGGUGAAAAUGUUUGUCUCAUCUGUGAUAUUUUGGUUAAAAGACUCAGGUCAUAAAAUAUUAAAUGAAAUUAAACAAAAUACCACAUUACUUCUUACUAGUAAUAGAUUUAUUGUUUUUAGAAACAUUACAAAGCAUGCUCAUCUGUUUAUUUGUGUUUUGUUGGUGUAAUUUUAGCAAGACGUUUUUUUUUAAUUUUGGCUGGUAAAAUAUCUGAGUUGUUGGUAGAUUUUUUAAUCUACCUGCCACAGUGGCUGGUGGACCAAAAAGUAAAUUUUAGGCCCUGUGUCUGACUUAUUUGUGCACUUACACAACAACCCCAGCAGGACCUUGGUCAGCCCCCAGACAUGACUUAUUCAUUCUCCACCUGGUGUGGCCAUCUUCUCAUCCACCCCAUCCUCUUUCCACCAUCCCAGCGAACACAAUAUCAAUUAAUACUGCAUUAAAGGAAAAAUCCACCCAAAACCACUAAUUCCUAUAAUUUACAGUGUUACAUAACACUAAUAUGUGAGAACAAUAUUUUUUGGAACAAAUGUUUCAUUUUGUCAUUAUAAUAAGGUUGGUAGCGACGUGAAAAUUGUUGUGGAAAUCUGUUGCAGCUCAAGUCGACUACAAAACCCACAAUGCAAUUCUGUCUCUAUGGACUGGCUAGCAAACGUAGCUACACACAAUAAUACCAAAGUCAGUAGCUAGUUAGCUGUAAAAUCGCCUAAACAAGCUGCGCUAUCAAUUUAGGAGUCUACAAUCUCACCAUGUUCAACCUGUAUGUGCCUCACAGAGUGGAGUCUGGCAUUUGCAAUGGCACCAUGCAAUGCACCCUGGACUGAAGAGGCAGACAAAUAGGAGAAAUGUGUAAAGGCGUCAGCAUGCUUCAGUUCGGCUGGUGGCUAGCCAAAGUCGCCUAGGCGAACCGAACGAGUGUAUUCGCAUACUACUUAAAAGACCUUUGCUUGAAAAACGAAAAUAAAGUGGCAAUAGUACUGUUUGUCCAUUUUGAGACGCCAUAGCCAGUAAACACUUCCUCAAAAUAGUCAGAAUGAAUCUAAGAUAACUUAAGAAAUCUUUGUUGUGUGCACGAAAACGAGUCUCUCAUUAAAUGACAACAAAGGCUUUACUGAAGAAUUCCUACUGUUGACCAGUCACCGACAAAGGGGCAUAGACUUGGGCUACCGACUUGGGCUUGCCCCAAAAAAUAUAUUGUGUGCCCAAACAACCCCAAAAAACCUUACUGAAGUCCUAAAGUGUUUCGGCUGGGAAGCAUGCGGACGACAUUAGAACCUCUGUUAAAUUACACAUUUCAUGGCUAGCUGUGCCACUAGAGAUCCUGGUUCGAGUCCAGGCUCUGUCGCAGCCGGCUGUGACCGGGAGACCCAUGGGGCGUCGCACAAUUGGAUAUUCUUGUCCCAUCGCGCACUAGUGACUCCUGUGGCUGGCUGGGCGCAGUGCACGCUGACACAGUCGCCAGGUGUAUGGUGUUUCCUCCGACACAUUGUGUCAAGAAGCAGUGCGGCUCGGCUGGGUUGUAUUUCGGAGGACGCAUGUCUCGACCUUCGCCUCUCCCGAGUCCGUACGGGAGUUGCAGCGAUGGGACAAGACUGUAACUACCAAUUGGAUCCCACGAAAUUGGGGAGAAAAAAGGGUUUAAAAAUAACACUAAGAAAAUACCCAAAAAAAGACAAAUACAAAAUUAGACAUUUCUUGAGGUAGGAAUAUCGCAAAAAUAUGAUCAAUGGCUCAUUCAAGAGACGACAACCUACCGCAUUAUGACAACCGCCAGUAUUGAAAUCUGACAUGUACGAUGGACGUUUUUGCAAUCUAAAAGUCGUAUUCCUAUUAAUUUCCAGUGCGGCUUUAUCUCAGUGCUACGUCAUACCGGCCAAAUUUCUGCCUGCUUUAACGGCGAUAUCUCAGAUACACAUGAAAACAUGUAUUGACCCAGGGAAUCGAUAGAACAUCGCUCAGAGAUGCACAAAAACAAUAUAACAUUCAAAAUGGAUUAAUCUUUACUUUAAGUACAAAGAAUCAAACAUUCAAAGGCAGAUGUCUUUAUGAGUGUGGUGGUUCAGUAAGUAAAUAAUCUCAGGGUUGGGGAGUAACGGAUGACAUGUAAUCCGUUACAAGUAACUGAUUACAUUGUUUUUACUGUAAUCUGUUACGUUACCAGCAAAACUAUGGUAAUCAGAUAACAGAUACUUUUGAAAAACUAGAUGAUUACUUCUAGGAUUACUCUUAAUUUCAGAAAAUUAUUUGACACCUUUCUGUUUUCUCAAUGACAUUCAAAUCAGCAUUGAAAAAAGGCACAAGUUUAAGUUUGUUUCCGCCUAAGCGAGUCUGACCACAAAUCAGAGACCACUAUGAUGACACACCAAAUGUGUUUGAUGGAUUGCGGGAAAAGAGCAGGAAUAGGCUUUUGUAGGCUACAGUCCAAGCUAUGUCUUCCAAUGGUGCAACUGCUGUAGGCAUCCAAAGAUUAUCCAACUUGAAUAAACGCUUGGAGGUAAGAACGACAGCAGUGAUGUAGCCUGCAGGCAGUGCGAUAUGGAUAUCACUUAUUAUUGAUGCCUACAUAGCGCAUUGAUUUGAAUCACACUACUGCUCUCUCAUUUACCUAUUUGCGCCUUACUGAUUGUGUUUGUUGUGGAUGGCUGUUAACCCAAUAAUGGUUGAAUUGAAGAAGCUUAAGCUGCGAUUGUUUUUGCGACCAAUGAACAGCCAGUUAAAAAUGCACUCCUGCUAGAGCUGCAUAGUGCAUAUCCCAAUCUUGAAAAAAAAAAUUUUACUGUUUGAGGGAGUUCCUCCCUUCUAAACUCCUCCGUGGUAUUGUGCUCCAUACUGUCAAAAACACGUUUCAUUUAAGAAGACCACGAGUAGGGCUUUUAUUGCUCAAUCUCAUUCGUGCUGAUUCAAAAUAAAUGUCCAUAGUCCUAACGGACACAUGCUCAAACUCGCACACUUUUGAUAGACUUGAACAGCUGCAAAUUAUCGAGAUAUCAAAGUGUCACCAACAAAAACGUAAACAAUAGGCCUAGAGCAAAUGCAGCAUAUGGCAUCAAUACAUUUUUCACAUGCAAAUAGCACUUGGGGUUCAAAGCAUGCCAUUCCAUGAGAGCAGCAUUUAUUUUUCAACUCAACGCAAUGAACCCAAUCAGUCCUCCAUGACAACAAAAUAAACAACAGAGUAGGCUAAUAAGUCCUUAGCUGACUAAACUCAACUCCAUGGUAGUCAGCUAAUGUCCUUAGUUUUUGGGUUAUGCUCAUGUAAAACAAUUAGGCUAAUCUAUAUUUCCAUAUUUCCAUGUCCUAUUCUUGAAGAUCAAGGAGUAUUAAAUUAUUGGAAUUACUGGAAAUCUUAGACUUUGGUUUUUAAUGUAAAGAUAUAGCCUAAUUGUAUUAUCUGUAGUAGAAAGCAAUGGGUUAGAAGAAGCCUACUGUACAUAAACAACCCAUAAAGCAAAAUGCAACAUCCAUUUAUGGCCAGCUAUGUAAACUCUAACAUUGAUUUAUCCUGCAAUAGAUGUCAUUCAAUUGGUAAUAUUCAUUUUUGUCUUCUUCUAAUGCCUUAAGGGGAAAGUAAUCUAAAAGUAACAAAGUAAUCAGAUUACAUUACAGAGCUUGGGUAAUCCAAAAGUUAUGUUACUGAUUACAAUUUUGGACAGGUAACUGUAACGGAUUACUUUUAGAAAGUAACCUACCCAACCCUGAGGACGGGUGUGGAGAACAACCGCGUGUAGCGCAGCAGUGAUACACCGUGACAGUGUAGACAGGAGCAGGACAGCGAGAGAAUGAUUAAAGGACAUAGCCUGUAAGUCGCUCUGGAUAAGAGCGUCUGCUAAAUGACUAAAAUGUAAAUGUAAAAUAGCCAGUAGCGAGUUGCUCAGCUCCUCUGAGGUGGCUUAAGCCCAUAGUAUUGCAUUCCUGAGAAAAUUCAUUUUCUUUCCAUCCACAAUAUAUUAGUGUGUCCUGCAAAAGGUCACGAAACACAUUUAUUUCACAUUUACAUGGAACUCAAUUAAUUGUGUUGUAAAUGUCAUAGCAUUUAGGAAUGAUGUUUGAUUACUGGUAGUCCAGUAUUUCGCCCAGGAACUUGACACACCAUGCAGAACUUGACAUGUCUGGCACGAUCAUGUUAUCUUAGAUAAGAUUCGGUUUUGUCCGGAUCUACAUUAUAGAAACGUUGCAUAACACUUUAAGGUGUAUAUGUCUAUCAAUGUCUUUUGAUGUAUGAAAGCAGCCCACAUGACAUGUAGAUUUAAGAGUCAUGGCACCCAGAGCAGUCUCUCUCGCUCUCUCUCUCUCUGUCUCUCUCUCUCGCUCUCUCUCUCGCUCUCUCUCUCGCUCUCUCUCUCUCUCUCUCAAUUUAAGGGCUUUAUUGGCAUGGGAAACAUAUGUUUACAUUGCCAAAGCAGGUGAAAUAGCUAAUAAAUAAAAGUGAAAUAAACAAUAAAUUAACAGUAAACAUUACACUCACAAAAGUUACAAAAGAAUGAAGACAUUUCAAAUGUCAUAUUAUGUCUAUAUACAGUGUUGUAAUGAUGUGCAAAUAGUUAAAGUACAAAAGGGAAAAUAAAUAAACAUAAAUAUAGGUUGUAUUUACAAUACAUUUACAUUUACAUUUUAGUCAUUUAGCAGACGCUCUUAUCCAGAGCGACUUACAGGAGCAAUUAGGGUUACGUGCCUUGCUCAAGGGCACAUUUACGUCAUUUAGCAGACGCUCUUAUCCAGAGCGACUCACCAAUUGGUGCGUUCACCCUAUAGCCAGUGGGAUAACCACUUUACAAUUUUGGGGGGGGUAGAAGGAUUACUUUAUCCUAUCCCAGGUAUUCCUUAAAGAGGUGGGGUUUCAAAUGCCUCCGGAAGGUGGUGAGUGACUCCGCUGUCCUGGCGUCGUGAGGGAGCUUGUUCCACCAUUGGGGUGCCAGAGCAGCGAACAGUUUUGACUGGGCUGAGCGGGAACUAUGCUUCCGCAGAGGAAGGGGAGCCAGCAGGCCAGAGGUGGAUGAACGCAAUGCCCUCGUUUGGGUGUAGGGACUGAUCAGAGCCCGAAGGUACAGAGGUGCCGUUCCCCUCACUGCUCCAUAGGCAAGCACCAUGGUCUUGUAGCGGAUGCGAGCUUCAACUGGAAGCCAGUGGAGUGUGCGGAGGAGGGGGGUGACGUGAGAGAACUUGGAAAGGUUGAACACCAGACGGGCUGCGGCAUUCUGGAUGAGUUGUAGGGGUUUAAUGGCACAGGCAGGGAGGCCAGCCAACAGCGAGUUGCAGUAGUCCAGACGGGAGAUGACAAGUGCCUGGAUUAGGACCUGUGCCGCUUCCUGUGUAAGGCAGGGUCGUACUCUCCGAAUGUUGUAGAGCAUGAACCUGCAGGAGCGGGUCACCGCCUUGAUGUUGGCGGAGAACGACAGGGUGUUGUCCAGGGUCACGCCUAGGCUCUUCGCACUCUGGGAGGAGGACACAGCGGAGUUGUCAACCGUGAUGGCGAGAUCAUGGAACGGGCAGUCCUUCCCCGGGAGGAAGAGCAGCUCCGUCUUGCCAGGGUUCAGCUUGAGGUGGUGAUCCGUCAUCCAUACUGAUAUGUCUGCCAGACAUGCAGAGAUGCGAUUCGCCACCUGGUUAUCAGAAGGGGGAAAGGAGAAGAUUAGUUGUGUAUCGUCAGCGUAGCAAUGAUAGGAGAGGCCAUGUGAGGAUAUGACAGAGCCAAGUGACUUGGUGUAUAGGGAGAAAAGGAGAGGGCCUAGGACUGAGCCCUGGGGGACACCAGUGGUGAGAGCACGUGGUGCGGAGACAGCUUCUCGCCACGCCACUUGGUAGGAGCGACCGGUCAGGUAGGACGCAAUCCAGGAGUGAGCCGCGCCGGAGAUGCCCAGCUCGGAGAGGGUGGAGAGGAGGAUCUGAUGGUUCACAGUAUCAAAGGCAGCAGACAGGUCUAGAAGGACAAGAGCAGAGGAGAGAGAGUUAGCUUUAGCAGUGCGGAGAGCCUCCGUGACACAGAGAAGAGCAGUCUCAGUUGAAUGACCAGUCCUGAAACCUGACUGGUUUGGAUCAAGAAGGUCAUUCUGAGAGAGAUAGCAAGAGAGUUGGCUAAAGACGGCACGCUCAAUAGUUUUGGAAAGAAAAGAAAGAAGGGAUACUGGUCUGUAGUUGUUGACAUCAGUGGGAUCGAGUGUUGGUUUCUUGAGAAGGGGAGCAACUCUCGCUCUCUUGAAGACGGAAGGGACAUGGCCAGCGGUCAAGGAUGAGUUGAUCAGCGAGGUGAGGUAGGGGAGAAGGUCACCGGAGAUGGUCUGGAGAAGAGAGGAGGGGAUGGGGUCAAGCGGGCAGGUUGUUGGGCGGCCUGCAGUCACAAGUCGCAGGAUUUUAUCUGGAGAGAGAGGGGAGAAAGAAGUCAAAGCAUAGGGUAGGGCAGUGUGAGUAGGACCAGCAGUGUCAUUAGACUUAACAAACGAGGAUCGAAUGUCGUCAACCUUCUUUUCAAAGUGGUUGACGAAGUCAUCCACAGAGAGAGAGGAGGGGGGGGGCGGGGGGGGGGGAGGAUUCAGGAGGGAGGAAAAUGUGGCAAAGAGCUUCCUAGGGUUAGAGGCAGAUGCUUGGAAUUUAGAGUGGUAGAAAGUGGCCUUAGCAGCAGAAACAGAUGAAGAAAAUGUAGAGAGGAGGGAGUGAAAAGAUGCCAGGUCGGCAGGGAGUUUAGUUUUCUUCCAUUUCCGCUCCGCUGCCCGGAGCUCUGUUCUGUGAGCUCGCAAUGAGUCAUCAAGCCACGGAGCUGGAGGGGAGGACCGAGCCGGCCGGGAGGAUAGGGGACACAGAGAGUCAAAGGAUGCAGAAAGGGAGGAGAGGAGGGUUGAGGAGGCAGAAUCAGGAGAUUGGAGGGAGAAGGAUUGAGCAGAGGGAAGAGAUGAUAGGAUGGAAGAGGAGAGAGUAGUGGGAGAGAGAGAGCGAAGGUUGCGGCGGCGCAUUACCAUCUGUGUAGGGGCAGAGUGAGUAGUGUGGGAGGAGAGCGAGAGAGAAAAGGAAACAAAGUAGUGGUCGGAGACAUGGAGGGGAGUUGCAGUGAGAUUAGUAGAAGAGCAGCAUCUAGUAAAGAUGAGGUCAAGCGUAUUGCCUGCCUUGUGAGUAGGGGGGGACGGUGAGAGGGUGAGGUCAAAAGAGGAGAGAAGUGGAAAGAAGGAGGCAGAGAGAAAUGAGUCAAAUGUGGACAUAGGGAGGUUGAAAUCCCCCAAAACUGUGAGGGGUGAGCCAUCCUCAGGAAAGGAACUUAUCAAGGCGUCAAGCUCAUUGAUGAACUCUCCAAGGGAACCUGGAGGGCGAUAGAUGACAAGGAUAUUAAGCUUAAAUGGGCUAGUGACUGUGACAGCAUGGAAUUCAAAUGAGGAGAUAGACAGAUGGGUUAGGGGAAAAAUUGAGAAUGUCCACUUGGGAGAGAUGAGGAUUCCUGUGCCACCACCCCUCUGACCAGAUGCUCUCGGGGUAUGCGAGAACACAUGGUCAGAUGAGGAGAGAGCAGUAGGAGUAGCCGUGUUUUCAGUGGUAAUCCAUGUUUCCGUCAGCGCCAGGAAGUCGAGGGACUGGAGAUUAGCAUAGGCUGGGAUGAAGUCAGCUUUGUUGGCAGCAGAACGGCAGUUCCAGAGGCUGCCUGAGACCUGGAACUCCAGGUGUGGGGUGCGUGCAGGGACCACCAGGUUAGAGAGGCAGCAGCCACGCGGUGUGGGGCGUUUGUGUAGCCUGUGCGGAGAGGAGAGAACAGGGAUAGGCAGAGGCAUAGUUGACAGGCUGCAACAGAUGGCUACAAUAAUGCAGAGGAGAUCGGGAUGAAAUGAACUGAACAUCAGGGAAAGGAGAGAGCAGGCCUCCCUCACCAAAAAAAAUAAUAAAUAUAUAACUCUCCCAACUUCCACCUCAGAAACUAUAAUUGUUUCACUGAACCACCCGAAUAAAACUCUCCCAACUUCCACUUUAGAAAUUAGAAUUGUUGUAAGCUACAGCAGACUGUUAUCAGUAGCUGUAAUUAAGUACAGCAGCUACCAACCACCUAACGUUAAUGCCUCGGAUGAGGUUAGAAAAACAGCUGAAUGGUAGCAGCUAGCUGGCUCAAUCACAGGUACUCUCAAGCAUGAAAUAACAUUGGAAACAGCUAACCACAGUUGCUAAAAGUUACCGGUAGCUACCCUCUAGCUAGCUAGCUUUGUUGGUCCAGGUAGUGGGUAAGCUAGCCUCGUGCUUCGCCUGGGCUCCGCCGAAUAAAAAUCCUUACCUACAAUAAUUACCUACAAUAAUAACCUACAAUAACUACCGGAGUAAGCUACCUAUAAUACCAAACUACAAUACCUACCUACAAUCUAAAUACAUGGUUUAAGCUUAACUCAACACCAUAUAAGAAGCCAAGCUUACCUUUCAUAACGCAGCAAUGAUUAAACGUUGGGUAGCUAGCACAAAGAUAUUGUAUUUAGCUACCACAGCCUGCUGGUAGUGUUGGCUAGCUAGCAAUGGCUACUGUGUUGACUUUGUUUGAAAAACGGCGUCGCUGUGAGCGAAUGUAGCUGGCUAAAAGGAUAUUGUUUUUAGUUGCUACCGUUGCUAAUAGCAACUCGCCAGCUAAUCCAGGAGGUGAGUUAGCGAGCUAGCUUCGUGCUACAUCCGGCACCGCCGAAUACAAAAGUAACCUACAAUAACUACACAACAGCUACCCGCAACAGCCCACGAUGCCUACCUAUACUACUUAAUAAUAUACAGCCCACGAUGCCUACCUAUAGUACCUAACUACAAUCUAAAUACAUAGUUUAAGCCUUACUCGACAAAGCCCAAGCUAUGUAUAAAGCCAAACUGGCAGACUGCAAUCAGUAGCCGAAAUUAGGUACAGCAGCUACCGACCACCUAACGUUAAUGAUAAUGAGGUUAGAAAAAACAGCUGAAGGUGGCAGCUAGCUGGCUCAAUAUGGUGUUUGUUCUUCACUGGUUGCCCUUUUCUUGUGGCAACAGGUCACAAAUCUUGCUGUUGUGAUUGCACACUGUGGUAUUUCACCCAAUAGAUAUGGGAGUUUAUCCAAAUUGGAUUUGUUUUCAAAUUCUUUGUGGGUCUGUGCAAUCUGAGGGAAAUAUGUGUCUCUAAUAUGGUCAUACAUUUGGCAGGAAGUUAGGAAGUGCAGCUCAGUUUCCACCUCAUUUUGUGGGCAGUGUGCACAUAGCCUGUCUUCUCUUGAGAGCCAGGUCUGCCUUCGGCGGCCUUUCUCAAUAGCAAGGCUAUGCUCACUGAUUCUGUACAUAGUCAAAGAUUUCCUUAAUUUUGGGACAGUCACAGUGGUCAGGUAUUCUGCCACUGUGUACUCUCUGUUUAGGGCCACAUAGCAUUCUAGUUUGCUCUGUUUUUUGUAAAUUCUUUCCAAUGUGUCAAGUAAUUAUCUUUUUGUUUUCUCUUGAUUUAGUUGGGUCUAAUUGUGUUGCUGUACUGGGGCCAUGGUAGUCAGCUAAUAUCCUUCGUUUUUGGGUUAUGCUCAUGUAAAACAAUUUGGCUAAUCUAUAUUUCCAUGUCCUAUUCUUGAAGAUCAAGGAGUAUUAAAUUAUUGGAAUUACUGGAAAUCUUAGACUUUGGUUUUUAAUGUAAAGAUAUAGCCUAAUUGUAUUAUCUGUAGUAGAAAGCAAUGGGUUAGAAGAAGCCUACUGUACAUAAACAACCCAUAAAGCAAAAUGAAACAUCCAUUUAUGGCCAGCUAUGUAAACUCUAACAUUGAUUUAUCCUGCAAUAGAUGUCAUUCAAUUGGUAAUAUUCAUUUUUGUCUUCUUCUAAUGCCUUAAGGGGAAAGUAAUCUAAAAGUAACAAAGUAAUCAGAUUACAUUACAGAGCUUGGGUAAUCCAAAAAUUAUGUUAUUGAUUACAAUUUUGGACAGGUAACUGUAACGGAUUACUUUUAGAAAGCAACCUACCCAACCCUGAGGACGGGUGUGGAGAACAACCGCGUGUAGCGCAGCAGUGAUACACCGUGACAGUGUAGACAGGAGCAGGACAGCGAGAGAAUGAUUAAAGGACAUAGCCAGUAGCGAGUUGCUCAGCUCCUCUGAGGUGGCUUAAGCCCAUAGUAUUGCAUUCCUGAGAAAAUUCAUUUUCUUUCCAUCCACAAUAUAUUAGUGUGUCCUGCAAAAGGUCACGAAACACAUUUAUUUCACAUUUACAUGGAACUCAAUUAAUUGUGUUGUAAAUGUCAUAGCAUUUAGGAAUGAUGUUUGAUUACUGGUAGUCCAGUAUUUCGCCCAGGAACUUGACACACCAUGCAGAACUUGACAUGUCUGGCACGAUCAUGUUAUCUUAGAUAAGAUUCGGUUUUGUCCGGAUCUACAUUAUAGAAACGUUGCAUAACACUUUGAGGUGGAUAUGUCUAUCAAUGUCUUUUGAUGUAUGAAAGCAGCCCACAUGACAUGUAGAUUUAAGAGUCAUGGCACCCAGAGCAGUCUCUCUCGCUCUCUCUCUCUCUGUCUCUCUCUCUCUCUCUCUCUCUCUCUCUCUCUCUCUCUCUCUCUCUCUCUCUCUCUCUCUCUCUCUCUCUCUCAAUUUAAGGGCUUUAAUGGCAUGGGAAACAUAUGUUUACAUUGCCAAAGCAGGUGAAAUAGAUAAUAAAUAAAAGUGAAAUAAACAAUAAAUUAACAGUAAACAUUACACUCACAAAAGUUACAAAAGAAUGAAGACAUUUCAAAUGUCAUAUUAUGUCUAUAUACAGUGUUGUAAUGAUGUGCAAAUAGUUAAAGUACAAAAGGGAAAAUAAAUAAACAUAAAUAUAGGUUGUAUUUACAAUGGUGUUUGUUCUUCACUGGUUGCCCUUUUCUUGUGGUAACAGGUCUCAAAUAUUGCUGCUGUGAUUGCACACUGUGGUAUUUCACCCAAUAGAUAUGGGAGUUUAUCAAAAUUGGAUUUGUUUUCGAAUUCUUUGUGGGUCUGUGCAAUCUGAGGGAAAUAUGUAUCUCUAAUAUGGUCAUACAUUUGGCAGGAAUUUAGGAAGUGCAGCUCAGUUUCCACCUCAUUUUGUGGGCAGUGUGCACAUAGCCUGUCUUCUCUUGAGAGCCAGGUCUGCCUUCGGCUAUGUACUGAUUCUGUACAUAGUCAAAGAUUUCCUUAAUUUUGGGUCAGUCACAGUGGUCAGAUAUUCUGCCACUGUGUACUCUCUGUUUAGGGCCAAAUAGCAUUCUAGUUUGCUCUGUUUUUUUGUAAAUUCUUUCCAAUGUGUCAAGUAAUUAUCUUUUUGUUUUCUCAUGAUUUGGUUGGGUCUAGUUGUGUUGCUGUCCUGGGGCUCUGUGGGGUCUGUUUGUGUCUGUGAACAGAGCCCCAGGACCAGCUUGCUUAGAGGGCUCUUCUCCAGGUUAAUUUCUCUGUAGGUGAUGGCUUUGUUAUGGAAGGUUUGGGAAUCGCUUCCUUUUAGGUGGUUGUAGAAUUUAACAGCUCUUUUCUGGAUUUUGAUAAUUAGCGGGUAUCGGCCUAAUUCUGCUCUGCAUGCAUUAUUUGGUGUUUUACAUUGUACACAGAGGAAAUUUCAGUUUGGUGUUUGUCCCAUUUUUGAAUUCUUGGUUGGUGAGUGGACCCCAGACCUCACAACCAUAAAGGGCAAUGGGUUCUAUAAAUGAUUCAAGUAUUUUUAGCCAGAUCCUAAUUGGUAUGUCAAAUUCUAUGUUCCUUUUAAUGGCAUAGAAGGCCCUUCUUGUCUUUCGCAGCUUUGUGGAAGUUACCUGUGGCGCUAAUGUUUAGGCCGAGAUAUGUAUCGUUUUUUGUGUGUUCUAGGGCAUCGGUGUCUAGAUGGAAUUUGUAUUCAUUUUUUGGAACACCAUUAUUUUUGUCUUAUUGAAAUAUACAGUCAGGGCCCAGAUAUAUUUCUCGCUCUCUCUCGCUCUCUCUCGCUCUCUCUCGCUCUCUCGCUCUCUCUCUUUACCACAAACUUUGCCAGAGGCCCAUCAGAUAAGUUGUAAUCAUGUGUGGCUCAUCCCCACUCCCUGGCUGUGCUUGGGCCCAGCCCUACCAUGCCGCUCUGAACUGUGGUGUGGUUCCGGGAAUCAAGGGCGAAAUUGUGUGUGUGUGCAAUUUUUAUUUUGAAAGCACAGUAUAAGUGGAAGUCCCCCCAACCCCAAAAAACAUGAAAAUAUAUAUAUUUUUGAGGGGGAAACAGAUUUUCUGUAGAAAAACAGCUAACUUUCUGAAGUUCUACACAUUUUGCCAUGGGGCAGAGUGAAAAAUGUGUUUUUUACAGAUUAUGUUAUGCUAUUUUUCAAAUUUCGCCAUGAGAAUGACAGAAAUUGUUGCAGUUUUAAAGCGAAUUUCCUGCUACUCUAAACAUUUUGCAAUGAGGCUGAGAGAAAAUGUUAGUUUUAAAGUAACUGUCCAGUGAAAAUCGUGCUUUUAAAAGUUCAUUCUGUUAACUCAUACCUAAAUAAUGUUGUUGACUUAUCCUACACUCGUAUUUGUGGCCGAAGCAUAAAUAGGAGAACACUUCAAAAACCCCACCUUAAACUUGAAUCUCAAACAGACCGUUUAAAAAAUGCUUGCAUCCUGAGGAGGAUGAGCUGGCCAAUCAACGGUCUACUCGCAUUAAUAUUUUUUAUGAUCGGUAUACGCCCACACCAUUCUGUUGUUGGGGUAUGCCCAUGCCAUUCCAACACAGAAAAACUGCUUUUUAACAUACUUAAUUACAAUUUUUUUAGAAGGAAAACUAUUUCACUCAUAUUGUAAUUCAUUAUAGGUCAUAUUUCAUAGGAAUCUGGAAACACUGGGCAGUUACUUUAAAGGUCGACUUUGGGCAAAGACGCAAAAAUAACGGCUUUAAAAAUGUAUAACUGAUCAAUGCAUCAUCAAACCAGGUCAUUUAAUGCUUACAUUUUUUUUAUGAAUAAGAUAUUUGGCUACAGAAAUGCAAUUUCUUACCCAUCUCUACAGCUUCCGUCCAAAAACAGAUCCGGUGAAAUGACGUCAACACAUACUGGAGGAGUUACUGGAUAGCUACAAGUGGCUAGCUUAGCCAACGAACUAGCUGACACAUCGAUUAACCACCCCAUUAAUGUUGAAAAAUUGAGAAAGAGGAGGAGUUGGACUGUUUUUUUGUGCCCAAAGCUGAGCGUUAAAGCACAUUUCCUGCAAUUCUACACAUUUUACCAUUGCUUAUCACUUGUUCAUAUGCUAUCUGGGGGGCCUCAAACCAAAACAUUUAUGAAUAAUAUUUUACUCAUAUUGUCAUUCUAAUAUGAAGAGUUACUCAUAUUUAUUUUAAAUAAAUUAUUGGGGGGAUGAAUCAACCUGUUCUGACAUGGCCCCCAUCCCCCGUGGCAAUUUCGCCUAUGCCAAGAAUCUUCCAACUGGAAUUUUGGGGAAACCAGAGAAUUUAUUGAAAGCUUUCAGAAUUUUGCAACCCUAGGUAUACCACAGGACACUUAGUUCUCUCUGUUUUCUCUGUUCUCUUUCAGUCCUCUACAUUCUGAUCUCUCUCUUUUCUGUGAAUCGCUCUCUUUAGCGCCACCUCUUUCCUUGCUAUGUCCCUCCCCUUGAUCUCACCAACUCCUUUCUUUCCCGCCACAUCAACCAUCCCUGCUCCCCUCCCUCUCUCCUUUCCUCCCUCUCUCCUCCCUCUCCAACACCAGCCUGUGGAGUGAUUGGAAGCAGCCGACAGCAGGCUUGGUGCUGAGAGAUUUUGCCAUGCAGAGCACUCAAGCUGGACGAUGAGGAGGAGGGGAAAAGGGGAGAGGACGUAUGGUGUGUGUGGGAGGGAGUUACUGGCAGGGAGCCAUAGUAAUAAGGGACAGAUAUGAGUCCCCUAUACAAAGAGAGCCCCCUCCUACGCACCCCGCCUCUACACCACUUGAACAGACCCCAGAUGACCCAGUCUUAUCCUCCCAUCAUAGAUAGACCAGCAUAGAUAGAACCUCAUCACUAUUCAUCUUGCUAGGGAGAGCAUGACGGUCACAGCACCACUGGGUUGCAGAGCCACAGGGCUGCUAUAUUUUCAUGACAUAUUACAUCAGAUACCAGACCUCAAAUCCCCAAGAAUUCCCUUGGGAUUUUAUUCAUCGUAUUAGUCACUGGUGGACAAUAUGGAUGUUAGUUUCAUGAACUCCAGUAAAUAUUUCAAGGGAGGUUUGGCUGGAAGAUAAGUCAGAAAUAUUAUUUAAUUCAAGAGCACGCUGAUAUCCAGUUGGAUAGAGAUGUUAAUUGUGUCAUAGCAGAGGAGUAAACACACUUAGACACGUUCUGCUGCUUACUCCUCAUUGGAUCGUGCUUUUUCUGUUCCAAAGUGAACGACAAUGAAACUAUGACACUAUUGAAUGAGACUAGACUGUACAAGUUACCACUCACAGUCCUUUAUGGAAAUCCCUCUUAUAGAGCGAGCUGAAAUUUGCAUUGGCAGUUUUAAUUUGAUGAUAAACAAUACAUCAUAAUGGGGAGAGAGGCAAGACAAACACAGAUAGGAGGAAUGGAAGAUAGAGGAAGAAAGGAGAGAGAGAACAAAUCAGUGACGGACAAAGAGGGGAGAGACAGAGAGGGUGGCAGAGGAGAAUGUGCUACCUUGGAAUAUUGAAUGUAAAUGCAAGGAGAAGCUGAAGGCUGUAUCCUAUAUACUCCUCAUAUGUUGUUUAUGCUCUUUUGGUUUACAAGAAGUACUUCCAGAGGGGAAAUGUGCUUUUUGUUACGGCUGGUUGAUAUGUUGUAAAAACUGAUAUUGUGGUAUGAAUAAGAUGUGCAUGAUGUGGCCAGAAUCAAACAUUCAUAGACUGGAAUGACUGUAACCCCAGUUGUGUUGAUGUCGCCCCCUGGAUGCAGUGAGGUUUACUUCAUCUCUCUGCGCAGGUGGGCUGGCCUGUUAUGGCAGGGCAGGGUGAAUCCACUCUAUGGAGUAGUUUCAUCUGGGUUCAAAUGGCCAUGUCAGUGUGAGCUUUGGACACACUUUGUAGAGAUGUGACAUCUCAUUCCACUUCCAGCAGUUGCAUCAUAGGUCUCCCCCACUGCUCUUCCUCUAUCUCCCUGGCCUGCCUCCAUCCUCUCUUUCUUUCUUUCUUUCUUUCUUUCUUUCUUUCUUUCUUUCUUUCUUUCUUUCUUUCUUUCUUUCUUUCUUUCUUUCUUUCUUUCUUUCUUUCUUUCUUUCUUUCUUUUUUUUUCUUCUUUCGUUCUCCCUGAGUCAUUGUGUCUGCCUCCCUCCUUAUAUUGUGGACAGGGAGGCAGUACUGUGGACACAGCACAGGUUUUUUAGGCACUAAUGUUAAUGAGCUGCAUUAGUUCUGGGCAGCCUGCCACCCAAACAGAGAGCUUGGCAACGGAUGCAGCACAUUUACCACUGAACAUCGGCUUGUGUUAAUCAUUUAUCAAUCAUUUCACGUGUACACACAUUUAAAAGCAUUCAGCAACAUACUGUACUGCGGCUCCAUGCAGUGUAGGGUUGUGUUGUGCAGUGUAAGUGCCCCCCUCAGUGGGUUGUGUCACCAGGCCUGUGGCCAGGGUGGAAUGUUCACACACUGCUGCUGAAUACUGCAGCUACCCAGCGAAGCCUCACAGCUCUCAACUGGACACAGAUCAGUGAAUGACACCAUUACACAUAAAACACAGAUGAAGGGAGAGAAGAUGUUUGUAUGUGAUAUGUGUGUGCCGUGCCAGUUUAAGUGUACUGUGUGUCCAGUGUCCUCUCUACCACACUACUGGGUGCUGACUGUUGGUUAAUCAUGGGUGUGAUUUAUGAUCCUCUCUCCACACGGAGGGAGCGACAGCUUGUUUUUCCUGGGAUGUCGUCAUUGUCUAUUUUCCCUAUAUUGAUUGUCUCCUGCAUGUGGAGCAGUAGAUUUGCACCUAGUCCUAAGCAAUCCCAACUGCUCUAGCUGAUGUUGGCCUAUUGCUCAAAAUAUAGCAUAGUAUUUCCUGUCCAAAAUGUCCAUGAUUGCCCUCGUAACUGAAGUGCAAUGCUCCAGCCCUUCAGAUUCAAAUGUCAGGUUGUCAUUAUAAUAUUUUUUAUCAGUCCCUUAUCUAGUCCUCGGGGGAGUAGGCCAGACUACUCUCUCUCCAAUCAAUGAUUUUAAUCAAUUAAUUUAGUUCUGUGGUGCAAUGAAAACCAGUGUGCACCUAUAGCCCCAGAAUUACACAGAGGCCCUGUUUCAGUCCUUAAAGUUUAAAACAGAGUUCAAUGCAUUGAUCCUAACUGGCCUCUGUCUCUCCUCAGCUACCUAGACAGUUUAGACCGGAUCGGUGCACCUGACUACCAGCCCACAGAGCAGGACAUCCUCAGAACCCGAGUCAAGACCACUGGCAUUGUAGAAACUCACUUCGUCUUCAAGAACCUGCACUUCAGGUAAGACACUGGCUCAGUGCUCCUCUUCCUCCUCAAAUACUUAAUUUUAUACUCCAACAGAUUAUGCUGCAUUUACAGGCUGUAAAGCAGCCUGGUCUCAUAGACUAGACAUAGUAAAUGUAAAUCCAGGACACUCUAAUUAGUAUGAUAGGUUAAUUUUAUUUAAUAUGCCAUUUAGCAGACGCUUUUAUCCAAAGCGACUUACAGUCAUGCGUGCAUACAUUUUUGUGUAUGGGUGGUCCCGGGGAUCGAACCCACUACCCUGGGGUUACAAGCGCUGUGCUCUACCAGCUGAGCUACAGAGGACCACGUUUGGUAUGGUUUGCAUAACACAGAUGGUUACUUAAGGCAAAAACAAAAGUAUAACGUGAAUGUCUAGCAAUUCAAAGGUUGCAAGUUCGAAUCUCAUCACGGACAACAUUCGCAUGUUAGCUACAGUGGCUUGCGAAAGUAUUCACCCCACUUGGCAUUUUUCCUAUUUUGUUGCCUUACAACCUGGAAUUAAAAUUGAAUUUUGGGGGUUUGUAUCAUUUGAUUUACACAACAUGCCUACCACUUUGAAGAUGCAAAAUAUUUGUUAUUGUGAAACAAACAAGAAAUAAGACAAAAAAACAGAAAACCUGAGCGUGCAUAACUAUUCACCCCCCCCAAAGUCAAUACUUUGUAGAGCCACCUUUUGCAGCAAUUACAGCUGCAAGUCUCUUGGAGUAUGUCUCUAUAAGUGUGGCACAUCUAGCCUCUGGGACUUUUGCCCAUUCUUCAAGGCAAAACUGCUCCAGCUCCUUCAGGUUGGAUGUGUUCCGCUGCUGUACAGCAAACUUUAAGUCAUACCACAGAUUCUCAAUUGGAUUGAGGUCUGGGCUUUGACUAGGCCAUUCCAAGGCAUUUAAAUGUUUUCCCUUAAACCACUCGAGUGUUGCUUUAGCGGUAUGCUUAGGGUCAUUGUCCUGCUGGAAGGUGAACCUCCGUCCCAGUCUCAGAUCUCUGGAAGACUGAAAGGUUUCCCUCAAGAAUUUCCCUGUAUUUAGCGCCAUCCAUCAUUCCUUCAAUUCUGACCAGUUUCCCAGUCCCUGCCGAUGAAAAACAUCCCCACAGCAUGAUGCUGCCACCACCAUGUUUCACUGUGGGGAUGGUGUUCUCAUGGUGAUGAGAGGUGUUGGGUUUUCGCCAGACAUAAUGUUUUCCUUGAUGGCCAAAAAGCUCAAUUUGAGUCUAAUCUGACCAGAGUACCUUCUUCCAUAUGUUUGGGGAGUCUCCCACAUGCAUUUUGGCGAACACCAAACGUUUUUGAUUAUUUAUUUCUUUAAGCAAUGGCUUUUUUCUGGCCACUCUUCUGUAAAGGCCAGCUCUGUGGAGUGUACGGCUUAAAGUGGUCCUAUGGACAGAUACUCCAAUCUCCGCUGUGGAGCUUUGCAGCUACCUCAGGGUUAUCUUUGGUGUCUUUGUUGCCUCUCUGAUUAAUGCCCUCCUUGCUUGGCCGUGAGUUUUGGUGGGCGGCCCUCUCUUGGCAGGUUUGUUGUGGUCCCAUAUUCUUUCAAUUUUUUAAUAAUGGAUUUAAUGGUGCUCCGUGGGAUGUUCAAAGUUUCUGAUAUUUUUUUAUAACCCAACCCUGAUCUGUACUUCUCCACAACUUUGUCCCUGACCUGUUUGGAGAACUCCUUGGUCUUCAUGGUGCUGCUUGCUUGGUGGUGCCCCUUGCUUAGUGGUGUUGCAGACUGGGGCCUUUCAGAACACUUUCAGAACAGGUGUAUAUAUACUGAGAUCAUGUGACAGAUCAUGUGACACUUAGAUUGCACACAGGUGGACUUUAUUUAACUAAUUAUGUGACUAUUAUGGUAAUUGGUUGCACCAGAUCUUAUUUAGGGGCUUCAUAGCAAAGGGGGUGAAUAGAUAUGCACGCACCACUUUUCCAUUAUUAUUUCUUUUCAUUUUUUUUUUUUCAUUCCACUUCGUGUAUGUCCAUUACAUGAAAUCCAGAUAAAAAUCCAUUUAAAUUACAGUUUGAAAUGCAACAAAAUAGGAAAAACGCCAAGGGGGAUGAAUACUUUUGCAAGGCACUGUAAUUAGCAACUUUUCAACUACUUGCUACUUUUGAGCUACUUUGCAACUACUUAGCAUGUUAGCUAACCCUUCCCCUAACCUUAACCCUUUUAGCUAACCCUUCCCCUAACCCUUUAACCUAACUCCUGAACUUAACCCUAACCUUAAACCUAACCUAACCCUAAAGCCAGCUAGCUAACAUUACCCACCUAGCUAGAAUUCGUAACAUAUCAUACGUUUAGCAAAUUCAUAACAUAUUGUACAUUUUGCAAAUUCGUAACAUAUUUUACAUUUGCAAAUUCGGAACAUAUAAUAUGAAUUUUAAUUCGUAAUAUAUCAUACGAAAUGGGUGAUGGACAUCCACAAAUUAAUACAUACCAUACGAAACGCAACAUAUCAUACUACAUUUACGUACAGAAUCAUACGAAAUGCUCUGAGACCAGGUUUUGUAAAGGGUAUUCUUCUGUAACAACAGUAUGUGUGCUUAAAUGGUGAUUAUGAUCUGUCAUACAUGGAUUUUACCCAAGAUUAAUGGGUUUCUUCAUUAUUGUACCAUGGCCAUUAACAUUUUCUUUUUUUAAUGAAUGUGCACUGGGAUCAGCACAGAGCGCUGGGAGAAAAGGAGCUGUGACUGAAUCUACAUUUAAAUUAUAAACUCUAGUUAAUUACUCUAGAACUGCAAAUCUGAAGACAUACUAUUUAAGCUUAAAUCAUUAAGUAUUAUCUGGAUAUUUUGUGGUAUUUAAUGCGCUGUAAAAUCUAGUGCUACCAAUUCAUUAUAUUACUCAUAAUUUUUUUAAAGUGGGAUGUACAUUGAAAAAGCGGGAUGUGCAAUAAAAAUCCCCAAUACACCUUGUUUAGCUUGGUUUAACAAAACAGAGGGCUUGUAUUUUUCCUCUGCUCCUCACACAGCGGCCUGCCUGCCUGCCUGCCUGCUAGCACAAAGCAGCUCUUUGUUCAUCUCCUUCUCUGACUCAGUCAGCUGAUUGAGAACAAAAAAUACAUGAUGAAAAUAAUGUGUUAAGUGGUCCAAUACAGCCGUUUUUAUCUCAAUAUUAAAUCAUUUCUGGGUAACAAUUAAGUACCUUACUAUCAUUGUUUUCAAUCAAAAUGGUCGAAAAUAAACAAAAAUAGCUUCUUAGCAAAGUGCAAUUUCUCUAGCAAUAAUGUUGCUUGGACUUUCUGGGAGUGGUCUGAGUGGGGAGGGGAAACUGAAAACUAGCUGUUAUUGGCAGAGAGGUUUGGAACUCUCUUAUUGGUCUAUUAACUAAUUUACUGCGUGGUGAUGUCAACAGGCAGGCCAAAAUCCAUCCUGCCAAAACAGGCUGAAAUUUCAGGCGGUCUUUUCAAACAACUCUUACACUAAAAUGGCAUUAUCAUCACUUUCACAAUUUCACAGAAUUAUUCCAACCUCAUAGUGUGGAAAUAUAUACAGUGAGGGAAAAAAAGUAUUUGAUCCCCUACUGAUUUUGUACGUUUGCCCACUGACAAAGAAAUCAUCAGUCUAUAAUUUUAAUGGUAGAUUUAUUUGAACAGUGAGAGACAGAAUAACAACAAAAAAUCCAGAAAAACACAUGUCAAAAAUGUUAUAAAUUGAUUUGCAUUUUAAUGAGGGAAAUAAGUAUUUGACCCCUCUGCAAAACAUGACUUAGUACUUGGUGGCAAAACCCUUGUUGGCAAUCACAGAGGUCAGACGUUUUCUUGUUGUUGGCCACCAUGUUUGCACACAUCUCAGGAGGGAUUUUGUCCCACUCCUCUUUGCAGAUCUUCUCCAAGUCAUUAAGGUUUUGAGGCUGACGUUUGGCAACUCGAACCUUCAGCUCCCUCCACAGUUUUCUAUGGGAUUAAGGUCUGGAGACUGGCUAUUCCAGGACCUUAAUGUGCUUCUUCUUGAGCCACUCCUUUGUUGCCUUGGCCAUGUGUUUUGGGUCAUUGUCAUGCUGGAAUACCCAUCCACCACCCAUUUUCAAUGCCCUGGCUGAGGGAAGGAGGUUCUCACCCAAGAUUUGACGGUACAUGGCCCGUCCAUCGUCCCUUUGAUGCGGUGAAGUUGUCCUGUCCCUUUAGCAGAAAACACCCCCAAAGAAUAAUGUUUCCACCUCCAUGUUUGACGGUGGGGAUGGUGUUCUUGGUGUCAUAGGCAGCAUUCCUCCUCCUCCAAACACGUCGAGUUGAGUUGAUGCCAAAGAGCUUGAUUUUGGUCUCAUCUGACCUCAACACUUUCACCCAGUUCUCCUCUGAAUCAUUCAGAUGUUCAUUGGCAAACUUCAGACGGGCCUGUAUAUGUGCUUUCUUGAGCAGGGGGACCUUGCGGGCGCUGCAGGAUUUCAGUCCUUCACGGCGUAGUGUGUUACCAAUUGUUUUCUUGGUGACUAUGGUCCCAGCUGCCUUGAGAUCAUUGACAAGAUCCUCCCGUGUAGUUCUGGGCUGAUUCCUCACCGUUCUCAUGAUCAUUGCAACUCCACGAGGUGAGAUCUUACAUGGAGCCCCAGGUCGAGGGAGAUUUACAUUUAUUUUGUGUUUCUUCCAUUUGCGAAUAAUCACACCAACUGUUGUCACCUUCUCACCAAGCUGCUUGGCGAUGGUCUUGUAGCCCAUUCCAGCCUUGUGUAGGUCUACAAUCUUGUCCCUGACAUCCUUGGAGAGCUCUUUGGUCUUGGCCAUGGUGGAGAGUUUGGAAUCUGAUUGAUUGAUUGCUUCUGUGGACAGGUGUCUUUUAUACAGGUAACAAACUGAGAUUAGGAGCACUCCCUUUAAGAGUGUGCUCCUAAUCUCGGCUCGUUACCUGUAUAAAAGACACCUGGGAGCCAGAAAUCUUUCUGAUUGAGAGGGGGUCAAAUACUUAUUUCCCUCAUUAAAAUGCAAAUCAAUUUAUAACAUUUUUGACAUGCGUUUUUCUGGAUUUGUUUGUUGUUAUUCUGUCUCUCACUGUUCAAAUAAACCUACCAUUAAAAUUAUAGACUGAUCAUUUCUUUGUCAGUGGGCAAACUUACAAAAUCAGCAAGGGGAUCAAAUACUUUUUUCCCUCACUGUAAUAUAUAUAUAUAUAUAUAUAUAUAUAUAUAUAUAUAUAUAUAUAACACAGGAAAAUCACGUUUUUGACUACACUGGGCCUUUAAUUUAAUAUGUAGAAAACAGUGGUGUGCAGCGAGAGGCUGCAGGACUGUCAGGCUGUGAUGUUCCAUUCAUUCCUGAUCCUAAAACUUGCUCUCUGACAGGCUUUUUGUAAGGGCUAACGUAGUAUUCUGGUACUGAAGAAUGUUCUAGUCUAGUGGUACUGGACUGUUGUCCUUUCCCAGACCUGUUCCAGUAAUCCUAGCAGUUCUGGGUGUGCCCUGCCCCUGACCUGAAAUGCUGUAUCUACAGUAGUACAGAGACCUCUACAGCCUUCUGUUAGCUGGCCUGUGGCAGCAAACCCUUUGAAAUCCAAUGUUCUUCAGAUGUAGGGAGGGGUUGAAAAUCUGUGCAUGAGCCUAACCUCAAUGGUAAUAUUACAGUAGCUAUGGUACUCAGAAACUAUGUGGGAGCAAUUUCAAAAUUAAUAGAGAUAAUUCCAUACCAAUGUGUUUUUGCUAUGUCAGACUGACUGUAUGUGGUAGAUAUUGUACUGACACUGUAUACUUUAUACUACAGUAUGUGAUCCUCUGAGUGGUUGCUUUUUGUUUUUCUGUGCACGUGUAAUGGAUGGUGUGUGUUCCAUAGGCUGUUUGAUGUGGGAGGUCAGAGGUCGGAGAGGAAGAAAUGGAUCCACUGCUUUGAGGACGUGACAGCCAUUAUCUUCUGUGUGGCACUGAGUGGGUACGACCAGGUGCUGCAUGAAGACGAGACCACGGUGAGUCUCACACACACACACGCACACAUACCCUUAAUUCAUUGUGUCCAUAUCUCCAUAAAUCACUCUACAAUGCAGCACAUUAAAUUCCAUUUAAUAUGAGUCAUGUAUGUGUCCUUUGUUGAGUACCUCAACAUAAUGAACAACAGAUUCCUACACCGGGGCUAUGUACACAUCCAGUGGCUAUCGCAGUUUUGUGAGCCCCCCCUCCCUCCCCCUGCAAGGUCCGAGCAAUGUCCCCCCCACAGUAGAAAAACUUAUUUUUUUAUGAAAACAGCUAACUUCUUGCAGUUCUACACAUUUUGCUAGGACUGUCUGGGAGUGGUCUGAGUGGGAAAGGGAAAACUGAAAACUGGCUGUUAUUGGCAGAGAGGUUUGGAACUCUCUUUCUUAUUGGUCUAUUAACUAAUUUACCAUCUGGUGAUGUCAACAGGCAGCUCAAAACUCCAUCCCACUAAAACAGGCUGGAAUUUCAGGCUGUCUUUUCAAACAGCUCUUACACUAAAAUGGCAUUGCUGGGGCUGCAGGGAGGUGUGGUAUGCCAGUGUACACAUCACUGGUUUCCUGCUACUCAUGUUGAAAUUAAGGGUUCACAAUUACCAUUACGAGGCCUUUUAUCUAUGGAUCCUCAGGUUUAGCUUUGUUAUGAAACACAUUGCUAAUAUACAGUAGCUUACAUUUAUUUGACCGUUUACAUGCAAGUGUAGAUUCAUUUUGGAUUUGUUUUUUGAUAAGCAAAAAUAUGUGAGAAGCUUUACAUAACACAACAUUAGAUUAGACCACAUAGUUACUGUAUUCCUCUCUAUGCAAACACAGCAGUCACACUUCCCAUCUGGUUCCACCCAGUACUCCACCCAACCUCUGGUUGUAUCAGCUGGUGUUAGUGCCAAGGCAAAUUAGUUGAUUUCCAUACAGUUGCUUAGUUAGUGAGCGUCCCUGAGCACCCCCAUGGCCAAUGGCAGUGCGUGAACAGUGUUUUCUGGGGCCUAUAUGUGUGAUAUACAACUCUAACAUCCAGUAUAAUCUCUCCCAGGCCAAGUCCUGUUUAAAAGCCUCAUCACAUUUCUGCUACUGCCAUUUCCAAAAGCAGCUGGGUUUAUUUUUGAAAUAUUUCUAUAGUUCAGGAUAAUCCUAUUUGAAACAAAAUGUAUCAGAAUAGAAGACAAUUCCCUUAAUUCAGUACAGACUGUAUUUCCAUUCAUGUGAUUAACAGACAUGAUAAACUGAAAAAGGAAGGAACAAUGGCUCUAUUGAACUAUGCUUCUAACAGGUUGACGGGCUCCUAAAUCGAAGUCAUAUUUGUUUACUCCUGGACUCCUAUGCACAUGCCCGCAUGCGUGUAUCAGCACGUACACGUACACACACACACAUUUACAUUAAUUUCUCACUCCCUCUAUCUGGCUUCCUUUCCCUGUUUUUCACCUUCAUGCAAGUACUGGCACCCACUCAAAGACGUGCACAGCAGGGCAUCGAAAAAAUGUUUCUACAGCAAUUCUGUUUAAUAAUUGUAACUGCAAGGUUUGGUUUGGGUCCUUCCUGCCUGCUCUACAGUUUCCUCCUUUCAUCGUUGGGGGGAGUGUGUGUGCGUGCUGGCACGUGCGUGCUUGUGUGCGUGUGUGCGUGCAUUUGACCGUGUGUGCGUUGCUGCUUGUGCGAGCGUGCAUGUGUGUGUGUUUAAGAGGGGGGAGAUGAGUUGGGCCCUUGUGCAUGUCCAUCUCUGCUCCACUGAGCCCCCCGACCCCCCAGCAGCUCUCGUCUCUCCUUCAACGUCUUCUCGUCUCAGCUCCUCUCCUGUCAUCUCUCGCCAUCGGCUGUCCUCUCUAACCAAUCGCCAAAUGCUAAAAACCCACCUGGUUCCACAGAGGGCCCUCCCACCAAACAUGUGUACAGGUAUGAAACCUUAAACAAGGACAAAGAGUCCAAAAUCAUCUGGAAAGAGUUAAAAGCAGCACUCCUUCUGGUUGUGAUGUGAUUCUGUGUGUACAUAGUAUGUAUGUAUCUGUGUGUAUUUACAUGUGAGUGCCUGGGACUUGCACUGUGAGGAUGAUAUGACACUGUCUGUACUGUAGUAUGUGUUGCCUUGUUCUCAGAGUCUUACUUGUCAGAGGCUUAUUCAACUGAUGAGAUAAAUGCUAAACUAUGGUCAUUAGUUUUCCUAUCUCUUCUCUUUCUCUCUCUUACAUUUUCAAAGAAUUGCUAACACUACAAGAAUACCAGUCUCUGUGACUCUCAUCUUGUGUUCUAUCAACAGAUUAUGAUUGGCUCUUUCCUCUGCUCUAUUUAAACUGAUUGGGCUAUGCGAGCCCUCUCUGCUGCUCUAAGUGGAAUGUGAUUGGCUGUAAAGGAGCAGUCGUGACUGUGUUCUCUCUGUGUCUUUUCCACUGUUAUUGAGAACAAGGCAACAAUUUACUCACACCAGAGAGAGUGUCUGCUUCCAACUCUACAAACACCCUGGUGAAAUUACAUAUAAAUUGUCUAGAAAUGUAUUUGCAUGCCCUCCCAUCCCUGUUCUAGAGAGAAGCACACAGGGUUUGUCCUAGACCAAGGCUACGUACCUAAUAACAUUGUGCAUGAACUUGGCUACCCUCCCAGGAUGCUGCAUACUUGUCAUACUUAACAUAUUACCAUGACACUGUGGCAAACAGGAACACUUUAUUUAAUUUUUUAUUUUAGAAUGUUCUUGGAUCUCGGGGGAAGUGGCUCACAUACAGUUAACUCCUGGAAGGAGCAUUUAAAGUUUAGUUUCUGUUCUGCUUUGUAGUUUCCUUUCUUCACUUGUUUCCCUUAUUUUAUGUGUGUGUUUGUGUGUACGCGUGUCUGUGCAUGCGUGUGUGUGCAUGUGUGUAUGUGCGUGUGACGUAGUUAGAAAUAGAGCCACACAGCAGACUGACUGACGUUGUUUUCUCUACCCACAGAACCGCAUGCAUGAGUCUAUGAAGCUGUUCGACAGCAUCUGUAACAACAAAUGGUUCACAGACACCUCCAUCAUUCUCUUUCUCAACAAGAAGGACAUAUUCGAGCAGAAAAUUAAGAAAUCUCCCCUUAGUAUCUGCUUCCCGGAGUACACAGGUAAUUGAUGAAGAGUGGAGGCUAUUGAGCUAGGAGAAAAGAGGGGGAUGGAGUAGCAGCAGGAAGGACAACUAGAAGAAGGGAUAGUGUGGUAUUGAGGGAUAACGUGUAGAAAGGCUUGAAGAGGGAUGAUUAGCUUUCGGAAUCAGAACAGGAGAAAAGGAUUCUGUCUUUUUAUUCUCUUCUCAUUUACUCAUCCCUUACCUGGCAUGACUCCAUGUUAUCAUCUUAGGGCUUAUAGAGCAGAGCAGCCAAGGAGUCUGGGUAGCCUGCUGUACUCACUGUGUAAACCAAGGCCUCCCUCCACAGUUACAGGAUAAUCAAGCCACUUAGACAAGCACUAGGUUUUACAUUGGGUGUGUAAUAUUUAAAUAAAACAUAUUGUUUUGUGUCCAUUCUUGCCCUUAUAUCCUUUUUUUUGUUUUGUCUGCUUUUCUUCCCCUUUUAUUUUCAUCUUUCUACUUCUUCUUUCUUUUAUUAACCAACUUUCUUUCCACAUCCUGGCUCGCUUGUCUUGGGCCAUAUAUUUUCUCCAUUUCCUUUUUCUCCUGCUUUUUCACACCUUUCUGCAGGCACGGACACCUUCAUGGAGGCGGUGCACCACAUACAGUCUCAGUACGAGAGCAAGAACAAGUCCCUCCAAAAGGAAGUGUAUGCCCACAUCACCUGUGCCACCGACACCAACAACAUCCAGUUUGUGUUUGACGCUGUCACCGACGUCAUCAUCGCCAACAACCUUCGUGGUUGUGGCCUGUAUUAACCCAGAGGAAAGACCCAGUGUGUCCCUGGAUAGACCUUUCUCCUCCACUUUUCCCUGUCUUUUAUUAGCCCAAUCUCACCCACAUAUAAAAUGAAUUUACCUUUUAGAUUUGUUAUAUAAUAAAACAUUUUAAUUCAGUUGUAUAAAGAGAGACAGCUGUAUUUUAUGCCUCAGGCAUUGCACAUCACAAGGAGAAGUGAAAGACGGGAAAAAGAGAGGACUCUUGAAUGGAACAAUUAGUUUAGUGUGAUAAAGAAUAUACAUUGACAAUCACUCACCUGCAAAUGUAAUCCAAUCUAGACAUACAUUGUAAAUCACAUUUUCAAAGCAAGGAUGCAGAUAUUAAAUACAUGCAUUUGAUACAAAAGUCAUGUUAGUGGUAGAUUAUUUCUCUAUGUUUGGCAAUAUGCUGCAUUGAUUUACUAAAACACUUAGGCAGUCAUUACUGUUGUGUAACAUUGUGUAACUGGAAUAGGGUCACCACCAUAAACAAUAAUCUACAGUUUACAAGGAAAACUGCUCAUCCUUACCAACAAAGUAUCUCUUGUAAUUUGUCAUUUUGCUUAUUGAGUAGUAGUCAUCUGAUAUGAGAGGAAUUUGUGCCUUGACCGUUUUGUGAAACACUUUGAAGUGGGAAUUGGAGUUGAAGAGUUGGAGAUGUUUUAGUGGCUAGUGGAAGAUGGUACCGUGUAAAUAAUGUCAACUUCUGGAUUUUUUGGUUGAAAUAUAAUUUGUUGUUCCGCUUAUGUCAUGUGGGUUCUAAGAUUUUAGUAUUGGAAGGCUUUUUUUGGCUAUUGUUGCUACAAGUCCAAUAUUUGUAAGAUUCAAUGAUUGGGUGUGAAAUGUGUAAGAUUUGAAAGUACAGCCAAAUAUGUUUUGAGCCCUUUACACUGCAGUGGCCUCACUAAAGGGUACAUUUACCCAAACCGUACAGUGUAUUUGUGUAACUAAUUGAGCCCAUUUAUAAUGGAAAUUGGUAGCAGUGGUAAUCUUCAUAAAAGUCACUGCCUGGAGUUGAGUUAGAGCUGUAGAAAUAUCCCCCUGUCAUAAUUAGUCCAGAUGUUCUUGUUGUGGUUUAGGUGCCUCGGCAGUCUUAAUCUAGCACUGGGUGUUGUUUGACUUAAAUUGAUGGUGAUUGGCCUGGCUAUGUCAGUAACUACUUUACCUUACCGGUGCCAAUGCUAAGUAGCAGGAAGUAUUUAAUAUGUGUGUGAGGUCAGAUAAGUUAGUAUCUGUUUGGGGUAUACUGUAAGAGAGAGUGUGUGUAGGAUGAGGUUAUCCAGGAAACAGCUGUUAAAUUCCUCAUUACACGGACCCUCAGGGAGGACACCAAAUGUCACAACACCCUCCCUGUCAUUUGCCAGAUAAUGCCAAACCACUCCAAGAAGGGGCAAAACCUGUUUGUUUCUUGCCAAAUAAAACGCAGCUUCCUGAGGUUUGAUACCGUCCUCCUCUUUUAGCUGUGCUCUUGUCAUGGCUGUAGGAAGCUCUCUUAGAAAUCACUCAUUUGUCACACCCAUGCAGGUGCCGGAUGAGUGGGGGUAGGCCAGAUGUUUCCAUGACGAUCGUUCUCAGCACCACGCCUGCCUUAGCUGGCAGCUACAGCCUCUUGUGUGUCAGGUGACUGAUAGCCACUGCAUUGAUUCUAUGGGCUCUGUAAAAUAUUUGUUGACUGUACUACAGUACACUAAAACACCAUUGCAGUAAGUUACUGUGUUGCUUCGGUAGGUGCACAGCAGGAGGCAAAGGCUGUGCCAGCCCUCAGGCCAGUUAGUGCUCCACAACAUGGCAAGGUCUCUGAGUUCUCAUGAGCAGAAUAAAUCUCAUUCUGUGCCAAAUCUGUUGAGACAGUGUUUGUGUGCCACAUUUUACAUUUUAUGAUGAAUAAGAAGCUUGUCCAUGCUGCGUUGUCGCAGCUGGAGUUAUCUCUUCUAUACCAGAGGCUAAACUAAGACGGAAGCCAUCAGAAGUCUAGUGUAUGUCCCAGAGCACCCACCCAGACAGUCUCUCCCUGCUCAUCUUAUAGCCUGGCCUUAAACCUGACUGAUGGCCUAUAAAGCCUGUGUCUUUGGUCCAGGGAAUGAAGGGUAAUCAUUUCAGGGAACGGCAGGCAGAGAGAAGGCUGGGUAAUAGAGUUUAUAUCCACAGCAGUGAAGCUGAUGGAUAAUGGAGUCUUAGGGCCAAGGUAAAGAGACAGAUUGGUAAUUGAGUCUGUCUGGUGGAGCGAAAUGGAUGGGAGGGACAAUAUGUGGCCCUGAGUAAACUGGAUCUCAGGUCUAGUGGGUACCAAAAUAGGGAGAGAGAAACAGCAGUGGAGAUGAUAUACAGUAGUGUGGUCUCCUGAUGUAAUAGAGAUUAGUUUACCACAUCUGCCUUGGUGAAAGCGGAGAUGGUUCAUGUGAUGUACAGAAGCUGUCUGGAGCUGUAAUACAGUUGAUUAGCUGUCGGCCUCUCCCAGUACCCAGUGUGUCAGUCCCAGUCAAACAUACACACGCACACCCACGCGCAAACACACACACGCACGCGCACACACAUACACACACACAGAGGAGCUCCCUAUCACAGCAGGCAAAACACACCAAUAUUUCAACUGCAGCCAUAAAUAAUAAAACAGUUGGCACAACAAUAGAACUUUGAAAAGCAGAAUUCUUAAAUCCUCUUUCGACUUUCCCUGAAUGCAUUUCACCCUGUGUUACACAAAGACUGCCUCUGCAUCAGCAUGGGAGGAAUACAUUAGAGACUAUUCUCUGGAGCUUACCACAACCCCUAUGAGGAAAUGCAAUUGUUGUUCAUUUGAAAAUGCAGUGUCCGUCCGAACCAUACCAAGCAACCAACCUACAAGCAGCACUAGGAUGCUGACAGUACAGUACGUCAUGGUAUGAUUGAGUGCCUGUUUUCUAGUAGGUGUUGUUUGUGUCUCACUGAUGUAAUUGUUUGCUCAUUCGUCUCUUUCACUGUUAUGAUUAUUUAUUGAAGGGUGUAUUUAUAUGAAGGAAAUAAUAAAGCACCACAUGAAACUCUGUCUGACCCUCCCUCGCUUUCUCUCUCUCUCUCCCAGGCCAAGUGCCUGCUUCUUUAUGACUCAUGGCACUCUCUCUGCAUCAUGUUUACCCUGGAAAAGGGCAUUAUUUAAAUAGAGGUCAUGGGCUUGAUUCAAGUUGGAUGAUGAUCAAGUUUGUGUAUGCUCUGUGCAGUGAGUGCUUAGCUCUCUCUCUCUCGCUCGCUCUCGCUCUCUCUCGCUCGCGCGUGCUCUCUCUCUCUGUCUUCCCUUGCCCAAUGGGAAUGCUACUGAACUACUUAUGAUCGUGUCACUGCCUGCAGUACAGAGCCCAGGGGACUAUGAGAAACAAACUACUGCCCGUUGCACAGCACACUCACACACAGUAACACACACUUUACACUAACACACAAUGCUUCUCUCAGUACCACACCACACACUCUUACAGACACACAAUAUUUCACUAUGUCUCUCCAUCCUCUUUCUCUAUCUCUCUCUUUAUUAAUGUUGAUGAGAACUGUGAAGGAAUGAUUGGUCUGGUCUCUCUCUCUCCCCUGCCCCCUGUCUAUCACCUGAGUCAUUGUCAGACACACAUACACUGAGCACAGCAGCAGCUGCUAGCUGUCUCCUAUAAACAUCUCAUGUCUGAUUCUAACCAUUCAAUGUUCUUUAUCACAGAGCUCAAUUGUUCAGAUUGGUUCAACAAAGUUUCAUUAUAAACCCUUUCUUCUCCUACUUAGCAGUCUGUCCUGUCCAAGUGCUUUGGGAGGCUAACUCUCUCUACUGUCCUCAAGUCAUGAAGCUUGGUUCAACUAUUCCUGCUUGGUUUUUAUUGCUCUGAUGCUAACCUUUCCACAUGAUCUGUUUCUCUCUCCCUCCCUACCUCUCUUCCUCCUCUCUCUCUUCCUCCUCCCUCUGCUUCUGUCCUCCUUUCUCUCUUCCUCCUUUUUCUCUCCACUGCAGAAUCGCAUGCACGAGUCUCUUAUGCUGUUCGAUUCCAUCUGUAACAACAAAUUCUUCAUUGACACUUCCAUCAUUCUCUUCCUCAACAAGAAAGAUCUGUUUGCCGAAAAGAUCAAGAAAUCUGCCUUGAGUAUCUGUUUCCCUGAGUAUACCGGUAAGAUUUGGACUUUAAUGGACACUUUGGUACCUUUGUAAAUGUCAGAAUUGGCCAAAACAUAUCUGCUAGCUGAAACCUUGCAGUUGAGUCUGCAAAAAUCCACCUAGGUCUUGACUAUGUGAUCUUAAAAUGAGUUGACAUUGUGGAAUAUACAACCAGAGGGGAAUACAAAUAUUUUGUUUCUCUAACCCCCCCCCCCCCCCCCCCACCCCUUCCCCUCUCCCUUCCCUGUCUGACAAGGUGAGAUGGUCACCCAUAGCCUGAGAGAGAAUAAAAGCAGAGCCACGCUUGAGCAGUCAUGGAGAAGGGAUGGCCAGUGAGGGCUGUCUCCGUCCCUAUCUGCUCAGGCAGACAGACAGACACCAUACCCUUUCCUUUCCCUGCUUAGAGAGCCGCAGGGGACACUUUCAUUUUUUAAAUUUAGCCUUUAUUUAUCCAGGCGAGUCAAUUAGGAACAAAUUCUUAUUUACAAUGACGGGCUGGCCAGUGACGACUGGGAAAUGCGGUGCAAUAAUAAUUAAUAAAUAAACACUGCAGAAGUGAACAUUAUUCUGCUGCCUUCCACAUCUGACACACAAAGCUAUGCCAAUGUGACUGUUGUAUCCUCAUGGUAACUAAAGUCACAUGGAUUCUCUCAAUAGAGUAUUGUGAUUUUUGAAAUAGAGCUAACUACAGAUGUAAGAUCUUAAUUUGAUCACCCUGAUGCAGGAGAACUUUCCUGCAAUGCAGGAAAUAAAAAAUGUGUGUAUUUGAGGUUUAAAAAGGCUUCUGAAGUUUGUAAUUAACACUCUGAAAUUUCAGACUUGAUUUUCCCUUAGGAAAAAUGUAUCACUCCCUACAAAAAUGUCCAUUAAUUAUAAUCCACAUAAUUCACAUUUCCUGUUGCUGCAGGAUUCUCUUCCUGCUGUAGCAAACUGGCUCAUAUUGAAUGGAAUGAAUUCAGGCCCUAAAUGCUCUCUUCAGCUCUUAGUUCUUACUCUUUCACUGUUACCUUUCUCUCCUGUCUUUCCUCCUUUCUCCCUCUUUCUUUUCCUCUCUUUUCCUCUCUCCAUAACCUCCAUUACAGGUUCUAACACCUAUGAUGAUGCAGCUGCCUACAUCCAAGCACAAUUUGAGAGCAAGAACCGCUCGCCCAAUAAGGAGAUCUACUGUCACCUGACGUGUGCCACGGAUACAGGGAACAUCCAGGUGGUGUUUGACGCCGUCACUGACAUCAUCAUCGCCAACAACCUGCGAGGAUGUGGCUUGUACUGAGCCCUGACUGCCCCCUCGCCUCACCUCUGGAAAUGAUUCUAAUUGAAAAUGCAACUUGGUAAAUAAUAAUGAUAAUAAUAAAAUAGGCAUACGUAUAUAUAUAUAUAAAUAUAU